GCACUCGCUGACCCGGUCAUGGUUGCUUCCGGGAGGCCGCGUGACCUUGGGAAGAUUGCCCCGCCCUUCGGCCCAGAGCGGCAGGAUGGCGGUGGCGUUGCGGCUGGCGGGGCUGGGGAGACCCGGCAGACGGGUUCUCCUGAAUAAGACUCUUCUGACCAGAUCAGUCAUCGCGUGCCCUGCAAUUGAGGAACGCUAUUCUCUGGCAUGCAGAAUCCACACAUCCCCCAGGAGUUUAGUUCUGAAUAGCUUCGAAUCCAGCCAGAAGCAAAAGCUCACCUUCAGCAGUCGGAAAGGGUUGGAAUGCAUCACACCAUUGUUUACCAGUGUGGAGGAGACACCCCAACAAAUCCCUACAUGGGUCAAAGGUCACAUCCCCAACUGGCUGAAGGGAAAGUUGCUGAGGAAUGGGCCAGGGAGAUUCGAGUUUGGAAAGGAUAAAUACAACCAUUGGUUUGAUGGUGCUGCCUUGCUACACCAGUUCACUAUUGAGAAUGGGAUUGUGACAUACCAAAGCAAGUUCCUAAGGAGUGACUGCUAUAUGGCUAACAACCAGAACAACCGAAUCAUGGUCUCUGAGUUUGGAACUCUGGCUAUGCCAGACCCUUGCAAGAGCAUUUUUGAGCGCUUCAUGUCAAGGUUUGAAAAACCAGAGUCCACCGACAACUGCAGUGUGAACUAUGUCAUCUACAAAGGGGACUAUUAUGUUAGCACCGAGACCAACUUAAUGCAUAAAUUGGAUGUGGAAACUCUGGAGUCAAAGGAGAAGGUAGACUGGAGCAAGUAUGUUGCAGUGAAUGGAGCGACUGCGCAUCCGCAUUAUGAACCAGAUGGGACAGCCUACAACAUGGGCAAUUCAUAUGGGAAACAUGGUUCAAACUAUAACAUAAUUCAGAUUCCCCCGCAGAAGUCUAGCCCCGAAGACGCCAAUCUGCAGGGGGCAAAAAUUCUGUGCACCAUUCAGCCAGAAAACAAGAUGAAGCCCUCCUAUUACCACAGUUUUGGAAUGAGUGAAAACUUCGUGAUCUUCAUUGAGCAGCCUGUCAAAAUCAACCUGUGGAAGCUCAUCGCAGCCAGGAGUCUUGGGAGGUCGUUUUUGGAUGCAGUCAGCUGGGAGCCUCAGCACAAUACCCGCUUCCAUGUCGUGGAGAAGCUCACGGGGGAGGUCUUGGCCACACAGUACUAUACCAAACCCCUCCUAUCUUUCCAUCAAAUCAAUGCCUUCGAAGAUCAAGGCUGCAUUGUCCUUGAUCUCUGUUGUCAAGGUGAUGGGGGAGCCAUGGACAUCUACCGACUACACAACCUCCGCAAGACAGGAGAAGCCCUGGACCAGGCCUAUAACUCAGUAGCUCGGCCGUUACCCUGUCGCUUUGUUCUUCCCAUCCAUGUGGAUCCCAAUAGCUCCACUGGAAAGAAUCUCCACCCCUUAUCUUACACAUCAGCAAGAGCUGUGAAAGAGGCUGAUGGAAAGAUCUGGUGUACCUAUGAAAGUCUACAUGAUGAGAACCUUCAGGAAGCAGGAGGCCUGGAAUUCCCACAGAUUAAUUACGCUCGUUGCAAUGGAAAGAAAUACCAUUUUGUUUAUGGCACUGGCUUUGGUCACAUGGUUGGAGACUCCCUGAUUAAGCUCAACACAACUACCAAGGAGAUGAAGGUUUGGAAAGAGGAAGGCACAUAUCCUUCUGAGCCAGUGUUUGUUCCUGAUCCCAGUGGCACUGAGGAAGACAGCGGAGUCAUCUUGUCCGUAGUGGUCACAGCCAAACAGAAUCAAGGCACCUUCCUUCUCAUUCUCGAUGCCAAGAACUUCAGUGAAAUGGGCCGAGCAGAAGUUCCAGUGCAGAUCCCCUACGGUUUCCAUGGCAUAUUUAUCCAGCAUUAGCAGGGAUAGUGUUUGUGGGGAGUGAGAGGACAUAGCAGCAAGGAAAGAUUUUGGAUCUCAGCUAUCCCCUCCUUUGUGGCCUUGGACAAAGUCAAUAUGUGCCUUGAUUUUCUUUGCCUUUGCAGCACUGUUUGUGGGCUGCCCUGAUCCAUAAAGGUAUUGUAAGGGAGAAUAUGUUUAUGGUUGCAAUGUGGAUAUUUUAGUGGAUGAUGGAUAAAUAUUGCCCACACACAAAGCUUCAAUCAAGAAACAGAAGGUUUAAGUUUGAUUUAUUUUGGGUGGGGGUGGAAGUUUAGUCUUUCAUUCUUUAUUCUUGUAUUAAUGUACUAUAGUAUGAUUUUACUAUGUGCGUGUGCCCAGAGCAGUUAACCAUUAAUUUUGUGGGUUUUAAUGGAAAUAUUUACAGCAAUUAUCAAUACACUUAAAAAAUUAAUAGAAUCAUAGAGUUGGAAGCGACCACAAGGGCCAUCAAGACCAACCCCCUGCCAUGCAGGAACACACAUGGUGGCGGAGGAUAGGUAAAAUGUCAGAGAGGGUAGAUGUUACAGUUCUUCUCCCUCUUCACUAAGUGCAUCUGCAUGUUUUUACCAACGGGAAGGUAAUGCCCCAUCUUUCCAGAACCUGAGGCAGGAGAAGGAAACCUCAAGAGUCCAUUCUGCACAGCACAAACAAGACGUCUGGGGGACAUCUUAAAAAGAGGCAACUUCAUAAUUUCAUUCCACACACCCAAAAUAAGACAUCCUGAGGAUGUCUUUUAAAAAGCC